UGACUCGGUUUCGUCAUCUAUCUAUAUAUGUAUAUAUAUAUAUAUGUGAAGAAUCAGGCAACAACUCCGCUACAUUAAUUUCUCAGAUUCCUUUUAGUUCUCAUCGAAGACACCUUCUCCUCAGAUCUCCAAAUUCAAGAAUACGAAAUGAAGAAAGUGGUUUUGAAAUUGGACUUUGCUGAUGAGAAAACGAAGCAAAAAGCCAUGAUGAAAGUCUCCGGUCUCUCAGGGUUGGAGUCAAUUGCACUUGAUCCAAAGGACAAGAAGCUGACUGUCACCGGGGACAUAGAUCCGGUGGCUGUGGUGGCCAAGUUGAGGAAGCUUUGCAACGCAGAUAUACUGUCUGUUGGGCCGGCGAAAGAGCCCGAGAAGAAAAAGGAGGAGCCCAAAAAGGAGGAGCCCAAGAAAGGAGACGACAAGAAAAAAGAUGCCCCAAAAGAGGAUGCGGCCCAGUUGUUGAAGGCUUAUCAAGCCUACUAUCAACAGCCCUAUUACUACCACCACCAUCAUCAGUAUCAGCCUUACCAGCAGCCACAGCCACCGGUAGCGGCGCCGCCGCCGCCGUACUAUACCAGAAGUGUGGAGGAGGAUCCCAAUGGUUGUGUUAUUUGUUGAAAACUCUGGAAAUUAAUUCAUAGGUUAUGGGUUAUUUUUAAUAAGGAAUCAUUUGUUUUGGGUCAACUCUAUUAUUAUUAUUUUUUGGGGGGCCUAAUUGCAAUUUCAAGAUUAGUGUAUUCAAGAAGAGGGCAUUAAGUUUUAUUAUGUAUAUAGAAAAAGCUAUGAUUGCUUUUAUUUAUUUCUUGGUCUAAGAGAUUGAAAAUUAAAUUGAAUUUUGCUGCAUAUUCAACUUGACUUGUAAAUUUGAGGAUUUCUCAAAGAUGUGAUUGGUCAA